GUUCGCUAUAACAAUAUAUCCGGCCGGGCAUAAGUUUAACCGGGGACACUGCUUCAUAGAGCCGCCCUAGUUUCUUACCGUGGAACAGUGGACGAGGAAAUUAUAAAAGAAAGUGCCCGUUUCUAAAACAUGCAAAACCAAGAUGCGGAACCGGGCAUACCCCAUGUCACUGCUACCGAAUGUUACGAACAAUUCCUUGGAGCCGUGCACGCUUGUACCGAUUCCAGCCACGCACAUGUCUUCAUCAUUCUUGGAGCCUCUGGAGAUUUAGCCAGAAAGAAGAUAUAUCCGACACUAUGGUGUCUCUUCAGAGACAAGUUACUUCCACCUGAAACCUACUUUAUUGGGUUUGCUCGAAGUAAACUGGAAAUGUCAGAUAUCUUCAAGAAAGUACAGCCAUAUAUGAAGGUGAAAAGUGAUGAGAUGGAACUGUUGCAGAGUUUCUUCAAGAUCAACGAGUACAUGUCAGGGAACUACGACAGCCAAGAAGACUUUGAAAAACUAAAUGAAUUAUUAGAAGCGAAGGGAAAAUGCAACCGCAUCUUCUACCUUGCACUUCCUCCGAAUAUUUUUGAACCUGCCACGGCACAAAUCAAAGGUGUUUGCAUGGCUCAUGAGUCCAGAUUCACAAGGAUUAUAAUUGAAAAACCAUUUGGCCGAGAUUUAGAUUCCUACACUGCCCUCAGCGAACAUAUUUCUUCAAUGUUUCCAGAAGAACAGAUCUACAGAAUUGACCAUUAUUUGGGCAAGGAAAUGGUACAGAAUCUCAUGAUCUUCAGAUUUGGCAAUUUGAUCUUUAAUCCGAUCUGGAACAACAGCCACGUUUCCAGUGUGGUGAUCAGCUUCAAAGAACCAAUAGGGACGCAAGGCAGGGGCGGAUAUUUUGACCAGUCGGGAAUCAUCAGAGAUGUGAUGCAGAACCAUUUACUUCAAUUACUGUCAAUCGUUGCUAUGGAUCAACCAUCCAGUACCAGCGCUGAAGACAUCAGAAAUGAGAAGGUGAAGGUAUUGAAAUGUAUUGAACCUCCCGAGAUGAAGAAUGUUGUUCUUGGUCAGUAUGUUGGUGACCCUGAUACUGAAGGUGACAGUGCUAAGGGUUACCUUGACGACCCCACUGUGCCUGAUGAUUCUGUGACUCCAACUUUUGCUGCUGCCGUCUUAUUUGUCAACAAUGAACGUUGGAAAGGUGUUCCUUUUAUUUUAAGAUGUGGUAAAGCUCUCAAUGAACGUAAAGCUGAGAUUCGCAUCCAGUUCCAGGAUGUUCCGUCUAACAUCUUCAAUCGCGGCUGCAUCAAGCGGAAUGAACUGGUUUUCCGUGUCCAGCCGAGGGAGGCCAUCUACAUGAAGGUGAUGACCAAGCUGCCUGGAAUGUCCUUCAACUGUGAGGAAAGUGAACUUGAUCUGACCUUUGAGAACCGAUUUAUGGAUGCCAAGUUCCCAGAUGCCUAUGAACGUCUCCUCAUCGACGUCUUUGCUGGUUCCCAAAUGAACUUUGUCCGUUCUGAUGAAUUAUAUGAAGCUUGGCGUAUUUUCACUCCGUUUCUGGAUGAGAUUGAAUCUUCGAAAGUGAAACCAAUUCCAUACAAGUUUGGCAGUCGUGGUCCACCAGAGUACGACACCUUGACCAAAUCUUUCAACUUUGUCUAUUCUGGAACCUAUCGAUGGCCAGACGCAUCCAAAAUAUAAAAUACAUUCUGUCAGGUCUUGUAAUUCUUGUCAACACAAAAU